UUGAAUGACCUUUGUUUUGCAUUACUUCACAUGCGCAUACCAAUGCAAUGUACUGCUUGGUAACGUAUUUGUUGACUGAUCUUUUUCAAAUAUUACUAACCUGCUUAGUGACGAAAACAUGUCUAAAAAAUUGGAUGUGGAAACAACACCAUCCGAAUCUACUGGGAGUGAAGAUGACAAUGAAAAUAAUUCCGUAUCCAAGAACGACUCACUUAGCUGCCCAACCAACCAACCACAGUCGAAAUUCAACGAUAUUGAAAGUGCUCUGAUAAAUACUGUUAUUGAAGAAACCAUCUUCAAACUGAUCAUCAUCAAUAUGGAAAAUGCCCAAGGGAGUGCUCCAAUCACCAACAAACCUCCGAUGCACGUACGAUUCGAUCCGUCCUACAAGAACAAGAUGCUGAGUGAAACACAAACCGUAGACAUUGCGAUGGGAAUGAUGAUACUGGUUAAACUGAAAAAUGAUAUAUCAAACCUGAGGAGACUGCUUUCGGAUACUCAUGCUGAAAUGGCGGAAUUCGGUACAUUUGAAACCUUGCAAACUUUUAUGGACAAUGACGUUCAGAGUGAAAAGGAAGAACAUCAGUUGAUUCGGGAUAGUAUUUUAAAUGAAAAGAAACUAAAAAUACUACAAGUUAAACUAGAAGGCGAAACGAAAGAGCGCAAAUCAAUGCUGAAGCAAUUAGAUGAUGAAAUUUUCGAGUUGGAAACGAAAGCCCAGGACACUCGAGUUGAGAAUGAUGUGAAGUGUAGGCUUGUACAAAAGUGGGAGAGCACCCGACACGAACAGGCCAGAAUUGUAAUUGAGAGUAAGGAAAAAGACCUUAAAGAUAGAUCCAAAGUAACAACCGACAAUAUUGAUCGUGAGUUAAGACUAAAAAGCGAAAUCGAUGUGUACAUAAAUUAUUGCAUCGAUCUCAUCAACCAGAAAAUUUCAUUCUGGAUGAACAAAUAUCAGAGGGAAAUCAGGACUUUCGACGAAGAUAUCGCACGUCACAAAGAGCUGAUUUCCGAGCUUAAGGUGAAAUACGAGGAAAUGGUGAUCUUGUACAAACAUAGAGAGAAGGAGAUUAAAAUUUGCGCCGAAUCUAAGAAAGAACGAGAAAAACAAAUGGCCUUUGCAGACAAGCAAAUGCGAUCGGCCAUAAAAAUUCAGGCGUGGUGGCGCGGCACCAUGGUACGCAAAGGACUCGGUCCUUUUAAGAAAAAGAAGAAAUCUAAGCCCCCAAAGUCAUCGAAAAAGGGGAGCAAGAAAGGAAAAUAGUCAGGGAAUAAGAAAUAAAAAUACAAUGAUCGCUGAAUGCCCAGUUUUAUGUGGAACACGUUUUUUUUACAUUUUUUUAUAUCAAAAGAAAUAGAAACGGAGGAUGGGUAAUGUCAGAGACAUAACAGAAUGCAAAUGUCCUAUAACAACAUUUGUGCUUAAAACAUAGUUGAUCAUACUAACAUACUUCAACUCGUCUGAUUCGUAGUAUAAUUAAGUUUUACAUCCGUUAUAAAAUUAUUUUUACUUAUCACGAUAUGGAUUAUACAAUAUGAAGUAUAUAUUUGAAACACUAAUCACCAAAAUUUCCCUACGAUAUCAAUAUAGUUGUUAAUAUAAUCAAUAAAAAGAUUGAAUAAUUGACCCAGGGUCAAGUUCCACGGUCAUCAUCGAUUUAGUACUUUCCGGAUGCCAAGGCGCAACGUUUUUAGGGGGGCGGCAAACUAAUGCUUGGGACCUUUUUUUAUUUUGUUCGCCCAAAUCAUCUUUCCGGAGAUGGACUGUAGCUUUGUUUUUAUUUUUGCUCACUAAACCAACCAAUAUGGGGGCGGUAACUCCUUAUUUGCUCCGGACGCCAAAUUUCCUCGGUACGCCAUUGUACGCAGCUUUUAUUUACGCGGAUUGCCGAAGUUACGCGUUUUUUACGCCGUUUUUUUUGCGUGUAUCUGCGUGUUUUUUGCGUAACAUACGUAUCUUACGCAUAAAAAAGACCUCAGUGCACUUUCACUUAGAUGAAAUGUAAAGAACGUAAUUGACAUACAUGUCGUUCAAUUACUAUUUAAAAUUUUCAACAUGAAGCGUUCCUGGUGAAAUUAAGAGGAUUUUUGUUUUCCGUUUUGCUGUCUUCAUUUUUAGCCAACUGACAGUAUUUGAGGAUAACAGUUAUGAUUACGGGUAUGGAUAAAUCAACAGAUAGGGCUAUUGUACCAAUAGUCAUUGUUUCGGUGAAUAAAUCUGACCUCACUUGUUCACUGGCUCCACAAUUACAGGCAACCCUGCCAAUGACAGCGGCGUGUAGGAUGGCUGGGUGCUGUAAAACCUAAGACAAGACCUGACAUCUUGGGGGGCUGCUUUUGUUCCAAAAUGGACCAGUUUCUGAUUGGCUAAUUUUGAUGUUGCCCCCUGCACAUUGUGAAAAGAAAAAACUUUUGCAGGGUACGCGAGCAAUGAUGCCAAGUAUAAAGAAAAUCAGACAACGAAUUUAAUAAAAUGUAUAAUUUUAGCUCACCAAUGAAAAUGAAAAUUUUCGGAGAAUGUUUCACUUUUUUUCAAUCUCAUUGGUAAUAAAUGUUUAUAGUGGCAGGACUGUGUAAUUAAAAUAGGCAUCAAGCCGUUUUUCUUUUUAGUGAAUUAAAGUGUAACCAAAAAAGAUUUGUUAAAUUAGUGUAAACUCGAAGGUGUGUUUAGUUUUACGAGAAGAAUGGGCUGUUGUGUUCCACACUGUGGUCGCAUACCAAACCUGACUUUUCCGGUUUCCAAAAGAUCCGGUAAUACGUCAACAAUGGAUUCGAUUUUUCGUUCAACAUGAGAUAUUUCGUGUUUUGUCAUCAAAGCUCAAUUAAUUGUUUUAA